GAAAAUUUGAUUUCGUGUUUUGGAGGAAAAAGAAGAUGAUAUCUCAACAUUUCAAAUGGAUUAUUUUCCUUUUUUUUGUCACCAAACGUUUCUAUUAAAACUAAUGAUUUAAGCGGGUACAUCCGGAAUUAUGUUCAACGGUAACAAAAUGUACUAUUUUCUUUAGAUUGUUCAGUACGUUAUGAAAACCAUAAACAAUCAACUUUUUGAUGGGAAAAAGUAAACACUAUUAAUAAUACUCUCUAAUACCCCUUUCGUUUCGAGAUGCAUGUAAUAUAACUACAAAAAUUGUUUCAACAUUAUUAUUUUUUUGUUUCCGUUACAUUUUUAUCAACUAGUAAUGAUUAAUUUUGUAAACUUCAAAAAACUAAUUGUAUUUUCUGAAAUAUUAUUAGUUUAAAACUGUUGAAAAAAAAUCAUCGAAAAAAAAUUACUGAAAAGUUAUUAGUUUAAAAUUACAAAAAAAUAUCACAAAAUAUAUGCAUUUAAUACUGUAAUAUAUAUUACAACUUUACAAGAGAGGCAAACAAGGAAUCAUAUUAUGUUUAGAGACUUGUAGCAAGGUUGGGAGUUGAUAAAUGUUGUGUUCAUUUACAUUGUGAUAGCCCAAUUGCAUUGCGUAUUGGCCAAAAUCAAAUGUAUCAUACUUUGACGAAGCACAUAGCUGUGAGAUUUUAUAAGAUCAUGGAGCUUCAUGAUAAAAUGUCAUUGUGAUGCAGUUAACAUGUUAACUAAUUCCAUUACAGUGGAGAAGUUCAAACAUUGUUUGGAUUUGCUUCAUGUUGGAUAUUUCUAGAAGCAAAUGUACUUCCAAAUAGAUGAGAUAAAUGUUUUGGAAUUUUUUUUUGUUAAAUUGAAUUUUUUUUCUAGUAGUGGUGACUUAAAUUUUGGUCAGAGCCGGUCUUAAACUUUUCAAGACCACAAGUCCAAAAUAAAAAAAAAAUAGCUGAAAAAAAUUAUGCAGAUAGUGAAAUUCAAACUACUAGACUAUUUGGAAAUAUUCGAAAAUAUGCGGCUAAUUAUGUAGUUAAUAAAUUGGCGGCUGUAAGCCAAUGCUUCAUUCGUUUUUGGCAAGAGCCGGCUCUGAUCUCGGUAUAUAUAUUUUUUCUUAUUUAAGAAAAUUGAUUAUGUUUCCAACCAUCUAGGGGAGGCACUGUGACAAGUGAGCAUCAUCCUUGUAGCGUUGUAUUCGAUCCAGAAGAAUCCUAUAGGCUUUCCACUUGUCUCCUACUACCCAGCUCAGAGUAACAUUUCUAGCCUCUCGGUUAUCAAAAUAUGACUCAACCAACGUGCUUAUCAUUAAUAUCGAUCAUCACAACGGACACAACUGCGAGAAUGCUGCUUUGAAGGACUUGAGGAAAUUAAACCAAACCGAACCGAACCGGACCUUCCAAACUUGUUCGGUUUAGGUUAUUGAAACAUAAACUGAGCUUCUCUCUCUCUCUCUCUGUCUGCACCAAUGGCUUCUCGCUUGUACACAAACUCACCUCAAAACCUUCACUUUGUUGCUUCUUCCACUAAACCUCACUCUUACAAAACCUCCGUCACCGUCCGUUGCGCAUCCAUUGCCACAUCACCCAACAACAGGUGGUCUCUCCAUGGAAUGUCUGCUCUUGUCACUGGCGGCACUCGAGGCAUCGGGCGUGCGAUUGUUGAAGAGCUGGUCGGUCUUGGAGCAAAGGUUCACACUUGCGCUCGCAAUGAGACAGAACUCAAAGAUUGUUUGAGAGACUGGAACCGUUCGGGUUUCCAAGUUGAUGGGUCGGUCUGCGAUGUCUCUGAUCGAGCUCAGCGAGAGAGCUUGAUGGAAACUGUCUCCUCUCUCUUCCACGGGAAGCUUCAUAUCCUUGUAAACAAUGUUGGGACGAACAUCAGGAAACCAAUGGUAGAUUUCACUCCUGAAGAGUUUUCAACUCUCCUUUCCACGAAUUUCGAAUCGGUUUUUCAUCUAUGCCAACUUGCUUAUCCGAUUCUUAGAGCAACUGAGGCUGGAUGUGUUGUGUCCAUAUCCUCUGUUUCUGGUUUUGUCUCACUCAAGAAUAUGUCUGUCCAAUCUGCAACCAAAGGAGCAAUCAAUCAACUUACGAGAAACUUAGCUUGCGAGUGGGCUAAGGACAAUAUAAGGGUCAAUGCUGUUGCUCCCUGGUAUAUCAAAACAUCUAUGGUGGAGCAAGUUCUUAGCAACAAAGACUACUUGGAUGAAGUUUACUCUGUAACUCCUCUUGGUCGGCUUGGAGAACCGAGAGAAGUGUCUUCUGCAGUGGCAUUUUUAUGCCUACCUGCAUCAUCUUAUAUCACAGGGCAGAUUGUGCGUGUUGAUGGAGGAAUGUCUAUAAACGGUUUCUCCCCACGACAUGAUUAGUCCACUCUUAUUACAUUUAUUAGUUUCCUUAUGCUUUUUUUUUAGUAUAUCUUUUUCGACCUGUGAAAGACAAUUCGUCAUAUGAGACUUUAACAGCUUUCUGCGUUCGGUGUUUCAUAAGAAUUGAAGUUUAUUUUCAUGUUA